CAUAUAUGACAUUAAUUUCCACCGCAGACUGAAUAUACCGGCCCCUCCUGUUAGGAUGAGCCUUCAGUCCUCCCUCUUCACCUUCAGCUUCACCACUCCCUGCAGCAGCUCUUCUCAUGAAACUUCAACUCCAACAAUCACACCCUUUUUGAAUCCUGUGACCAGGCAGUCCAAUCAACCAGACAGCUCAGGAAGAUCAGAAGAAAACAAUGGGGAGCUAUUACGUGCCAGCAGCAGAUCUUGCAUGUGUGGAAGAAGACAUUUUCUUGAAGCAGCAUCUACCGCUUUAUUUCCUAUAUGUCCUUCAAUCGCUUCUGAUAAUUUACAGCCUCGUUACAAGACAGUGUUAAAUAGAGUCCACCCUCCAAGACCAGGUUGGUACGAUGAAUUUUAUGCAUCUGUAUUAAAUUCUACCGUGGAACCCUAUGAAGCAGAGGUUGCUGUUUACAAGACACAGCUUUUUACUAAUUUGAGAGGAAAGGCCGAGAAAGUGUUGGAGAUUGGCAUAGGCACUGGCCCUAACCUCAAAUACUAUGCCAAUAGUGCUGAUAUCCAGGUUUACGGUGUGGAUCCUAACACAAAGAUGGAAAAAUUUGCGCAGGAAUCAGCAGUGGCUGCUGGUCUACCACUUUCAAACUUUGAAUUUAUACAAGCAGUUGGGGAAGCUAUACCAUUAAAUGAUGCUUCUGUUGAUGCUGUCGUGGGCACUCUUGUACUCUGCUCCGUUAAAGAAGUUGGCCAGACACUACAAGAGGUAAAGAGAGUGCUUAAACCUGGUGGGCUUUACCUAUUUGUGGAGCAUGUGGCUGCAAAAGAUGGAACAAUUCUUAGACUCCUGCAAAGUGCCCUCGAUCCAUUACAACAGACAGUUGCUGAUGGUUGUCACCUAUCUAGGGAUACAGGAAAGGAAAUUCUUAAAGCUGGUUUCUCAUCUGUCGAUUUAAGCAUGGCUUUCCUGUCUAAUGCCUUGAUUAUAAAUCCCCAUGUGUAUGGAAUAGCCAGCAAGUAACAUUAAGGGGGAACAUCUAUUACAAUUAUAUAUAUAUAUAUAUAUAUAUAUAUAUAUAUAUAUAUAUAUAUAUAUAUAUAUAUUAAGAGUGAACACAAUAACGAAUUUGAUGGCCACCAAAUAUUGAACAUUAAAAUACAGCAAAUGUACUGAGACAAUGACGUUUCUAGAACAAGGUUAACCUGCAAAUGCAUUUGUGGAUU